CGGCGGCAGGGGCGCAGGGUGUCCUGUGAUAAACCGGCUGCCAAUUAGAGGAGACCUUUCACCGGUGAGCAGCCACACACAGCACAAGGUGACUGAACAAGCUGCCUCAGGCACUUUAAAAAAAAUAGUUUUUUUUUAAAUGUAGUUGCACGAGUUUUCCUCAUGUUUGCCGACAUUAACUGAAGUUAUCUAAUAAGCUUGCUGGUGGUUCAUAGCGAGGUGGUGGUGGCUGCUGCUGUGGCUCUAUGGUUAACUGGUUCGACCAAAUGUUACCCUCCACUUCUGUCCUCUAGAGAUUUGCUUGUUCACAGGAUAAAGAUGGAGUGGCGCCAGCAGACCAGUGUCAGCUGUGCAGACGCGUUCAACGAAGCUCAACGCUGGAUUGAGGAGGUGACUGGCAAAUUGUUUGGGUGCAAUGACUUCCGUGCUGCCUUGGAGAAUGGAGUCCUGCUUUGCGACCUGAUCAACCAGUUGAAACCUGGCAUCAUUAAGAGAGUAAACAGGCUUUCUACUCCCAUCGCUGGCCUGGAUAAUGUGAAUGUUUUCCUGAAAGCCUGUGGGAAACUGGGACUGAAUGAGUCACAGCUGUUUCAUCCAGGAGACCUGCAGGAUCUGUCCACCCGUGUAACACUCAGGCGAGACGAAAGCAACAGAAGACUCAAAAAUGUUCUGAUCACUAUCUACUGGUUAGGCCGCAAAGCUCACCUAGACGCAUACUACAGUGGUCCUCAGCUUAACUUCAAGGCGUUUGAAGGGCUGUUAGGGUUGGCCUUGUCCAAGGCAUUAGAUGAGGGCAGUAACGUAUUUGUGAAAGACAGCGGUUACAGAGAGUGGGAUUCAGAGAGGGAGGAACAUCAGCGCAUGAGACCGAGCUAUAAGAGAGAGAACUCUGUGGACAGUGUUGACUCACUGGAUUCACGAGCGCUCCGCCCAAACAGUGAAGGUUGUGGAAGUGAUGCAGAAGCUGAGCAGGUCUUCAGGAUGGAGACCACACAGACCUCAGUCCAUCAAAACAAAGGCUAUAUCCCACCACCACUACGAAGAAAACAAGGACGGGAGGAGAAUGGAAAGGGCAGCGCCGGUCCACUUGGCAGAGGAUAUCAAAACCAGGUCAGGCCUGAGAGACCAGUUCAGGUCAAUCCUGGCUGGAUUUGGAGCAAAUCACUCAGCGACAUCCCGAUGGUAUACCCUGUGCGUAAAUUUCCUAACAAGAAUACCAUUUAUGAUGUGGGCCGUGACACUAACACGACGAGGGAGUGGAAUCAAGACAACACACGGAAGAGCAGUGUUCCUGCCAAGGACAGUGAAGCUCAGUGGCAGGAUGACUUGACAAAGUGGAAGAAUCGUCGCAGAAGCACCAAGUCUGACCUCCGCAGGAAGUCACAAGACAGAGAGCAUGUUAUUAACCAGAUGACCAAUGGGGCUGUGGCUAACUUUGAGAGGAAUGACAUGAAAGGCGGGCUGCUAAAGAGAGACCAGCAGUCACCACGGAGGCAUAACCCUGCCCCCCGUCCUUACUCCACCUCUCCUCCAUCAAAAUCAUCAAACUCUGAUCUCCGGCCACACACCCGAGCCCUGCUGGCUCGCAGCUACGCCACUGAGGCACCUUUCAGCCCUACAGCUACACUUAGCCCCCAUAAGUUAGCCCACACACAGGGGUCAUUGGUUGGAGCCAUGCCUGCCUCCGAUGUGAACAUUGUGGGAGAAGAUACCCACAUUGCCUCCUUGGCUUCAGAUGGAGCAAGAGUUACCACGCCUUCUCUGGACAGCCCUUUCAGCUCCCAGACCCAAGUCAAAGCCCGGGGCAACCCAGCUCUUUUCCAGCCCACAUCUGAACUGGCCCAGCCGGAAAAUGUCUAUAAAAACCAAACCUCCACUCUGGUCACCACCAUACAGCCAAAGGAGACCACAAAAUCAACCAGCACCAGGGGUCUUACUGCAUCUGUGUCGAGUCCUAAGGAACUUCAAUUCUGCAUUGGUCCAAAAGUCCCAACUUUUAGCCCUGAUGCAGUGGAUCAGACAGCAGUUGAUGCUGUGGAGGAUUUGUCCCACCAGAAGUCCCAGGAAGAGAGCCAGAAGACCUCUUGGGAACCAGCUGCGGAGCAAGGCGGAGGUCAGCAGGCUGCAGGCAUCUACAAAUAUUUGACCAGAACUGGAUCAUGGUCCGGCUCGGCCAGCCUUCCUCGUGGUUACCGGCGGUCAGAGGGCUCAUCCCGUCUCUCUUCUGCAAUUACAGCCAGACCCUUUGGGACCAAGCAAUCAAGAGUGUCCUCACUGCAGAGACUGUGCAAUGUAGAUGACAACCAGGGUCUGCUGUUGAAUACUCAGAAAGAAGAAUUUCCUUCUUCUCCCACCGAAUCUUUCCUCAAAAGACAGACUGCAACCGGCCAUCUGAGGGGUCAGUAUCAGGCUUCAGUCAAACAGAAGAAAGCCAACCAGGCAAAGCAGAAAGGUACAGAACAGAGGGAGGAGGGCAAAGGGGCCUGCCUCUCCAGCCAGACCUCCUUCCAGACCAAUGGCCAGCAUCAGCCCUUCACCCAAACCCAGCUGCUCCCGCAACCUUAUUCUAAUCUACAGUCCCACCACAACAAAAGCCUGUCUCUGCCACCUACAAAGGUGGAUCACAGUGACAUGAGAGUGAGCCUUACCCUCAAACCCAACAGUAGACCAGACUUUGGUUUCCAGACUCACUGGGACUCCAGGGGGGCGAGAGUAAAAUUCAUUCAACCUGGCAGUCCAGCAGAGCUUUGCCAGCUGUGUGUGGACGAUGAGGUUGUGGCUGUUGAUGGAGUUGCGGUGGCACACAUGAGCUACAGCCAGUGGAAGGAUAAAAUGACAUCUGCCCUGCAAACCGGCAGUCUGACCAUGGAUGUUCGCCGCUAUGGCAACAAGGAUUGGAGCACCAGUGAGGGGAGUCAUCACAACCAGCCAGGCCAGAGCAGGGUGACCCUCAAUCUGACUGCUGCAGCCCCAGUUCUUAUAGGUUGUACUGAUCACCAUGCCAACAGCACUGCCUCUACAGAAACCACAGUCACAUCGAAAUUCAGUGGACAGACAGACAAUGUUAUACAAGGUAAAGUCAUGGAUGGAGGGCUUGCUGACAGCCACAGGACAGCCAGAAGUAAAGAUUAUAAUAAAAUAAUUAGGAAAAAUCAGAAAAGGAGGGAAGAUUUUUUCAAACAGCAAGGAGGUUCAGAAUCUGCAAUAUCUGAUCUCCAGGUGCCAUCCCUCAGCCCCUCCUCAUCCAGCUGGUCGUGGGACCGUGAGGAGGAUCGAAGGCGUCAGGAGAAGUGGCAGGAAGAGCAGGAGCGCCUCCUACAGGAGAAAUACCAGCGGGAUCAGGAGAGGCUGGAGGCAGAGUGGCGGAGGGCACAACAAGAUGCACUGGGGGACUCGUGCAGGAAGUUAGGGAACACCAUCCAGAUGACCAAUGGUGGUGAGAACCCUGCCAGCACCCAGCUCCAUGUGAAUACACUGACAAACAAAACAAGAGAAGAAAAGCAGAGCCCUGACAGAGAUGAGCUGAAAAAAGCAGCUCAGAGUGGCACACAAGGAGUGCGGAAAGACAAGAUUACUGAACAAGACUGGGCUGAGGAAUCUUGCGGCUUUGCUCAGCUGUCUCCUGCGCACAGGGCAAAGUCCUUGUCUACCUCAGCAUUAGUUGGUCCCCAAACAAGAGGUGAUCAGAGAAAAAGAAAAGGACAGUCUGUGUCAAAGGCUGAACAAGAAAGGCAGCAAAUUUUGGAAGAGAUGAAGAAAAGGACUCAGCUCCUGACUGACAACAGCUGGAUACGUCAGCGCAGCAGCAGCUUUUACAAGGAACCGGUCUAUACUGGGGUUCCUAUGAAGAGGUAUGAGUCUCUGGACAACCUGGAUGCUAUGCGUCAGUCCCCACUCUCGAAUGCCACUUUCAGUUACCCCCGUCCGCACUCAGCCGCUGCAGGUUACUACGCUCCGAGCAGGAACUCGUUCUCCCGCUACAGCACUGGAACAAUAUUACCCCAGAGAAAUACAUCCAUGGAUUCCCCUCAUCAUGCAAGGAUGGUCAGUGGCAGGAGGACUUGCUGUGUGUGUAAGCGUGCCCUGGGUAGUGGGGCAGCCAUGGUCAUAGAGACCCUUAGUCUCUGCUUCCACCUCGCCUGUUUCCAGUGUGUGGGCUGCCACAGACACCUCGGAGGAACUGAGAGUGGAGUCCAGGUUCGAAUCAGAAACAGGAAGCCCUACUGUGAGCUCUGCUAUCUCCACCUCAAAUAUGCUGGUUCUCCCUCCAUGUGACCAGCAUGCCGUACUCCAGAUUACAGAGUAAGAAGCAGGAAAAACUUUGAAAACACAGUGGAAACAUCGUCCAUGCAGCCAAGCCACUGUGUGACCUCUGUGUCCAACAGUAACCACUGAUAAAACUACAAACUCUGAAGUCUGUGAUAUAAAAUAGAUCCACAUACAGAGAUCCUUUAUAGAUGCUUUUUAAAACAAACAUGGGACUCACCUGUAGUUUAUUUGUCCUUUUUUCUGCUAAUUUAUUUCUAAGAAAACGUAGAUUAAUAUAUGAAAUAAAGUAAUUAUGGGAAUUCUUAGUGUUUGAUUAAUGCUUUUAUAGUAAUGUUAGAGUUGCUGUUUGACAUAUACUUGUGCUAUCUUUGAUCUUUACCCAGUAGUGCAUUAAAGAUAUCAGAUAUUUCUUGUUAAUUUAACCCAUGUAUCUAGGAGGCACAUUUUGACUUGUACUGAAUCACUCUGUUCUGUUGAAAUCUCACCAAGUGCACUUUGGGAUAAAUCGGUGGUAUAUUAUAUAACGCAUGUAUUUCUCACCUGAAAAUGGACAUCUUAGCUGAAAUGCUUUUGUAAAUAAAGUGCACUGAACAUUA